AAAAAUUAAUAAUGCAACUUAACAUUUUAAGGCUGUUAUAAGAGCUAUUAUAAUAGUAUCCCAUUAUGCUUCUAAAUGUAUAAGUUUGGGUUAGUAAUAUAAAAUAUCAUAGAUUGGGCGUCGCGCGAUAUUUGCACAGAUAUUUAACUAAAAUAACGAGUGAUUUUGAGUUUCAGACACUAUCUUGCGAAAAAAGAUUUAAUUGCGUAUCACGUUGCGAAGAAAAAAGAAUCGCAAGAGUUCGCGAUAUGUCGCAAAAUCGCACCUCCCUAUUUGCGCGUGAAAGAAAAAGAGGAAGAACAGAGAGAGUCCAACGUGGACGUAUCGACACUUCUUUGGCCGCGAGUGACCUCGAUCCCCAAUCCGUCUCUCCUUUCACUUCAAAAGUACUAGCGAGCUUCCCUUCUCGCGCGCGCGGCCCGACGCCGAAGACACGCACGUACGCAUUUUGCAACAUGACAGAGUCAGUUCGCCCUAGAACGUCGAUCGGCGAGCUGUUCCCCGAGAGUCCGGUCCACCUGGAUCUCACUUUCUCACAACACUCGUGGGAGUCAUGCUCCUGUUGGACACAUAAGCGAUCGUUGGACAGGCUGAGAUUUCCCUUUCGACGAUGACGACGAUCGUGAGAACCUCGAUCACGUCGCUUCUGCUUCUACUGGUUUUUUAUGACCACGCGACGGGUCUAAUCAUACCGGAAGAGCUGCCGACGAUACUUUCUCUCAUAUACUCGAACAUCCCGCCGAUCAAGAAGGGAACCGACUCUAGACUCGGCGUGGGUUUCCGUUUGGGCGAGCACGCUGAUUUGCAGAUUCUCAUCGAGCUAGGUCCGCAGACCGAGACGGAUCCCAUAGGUACCGCCAAUUCCAAGAGGCGGAGAGAUGCGAUGUUAACUGCCGCGAUGAAAGGAGAAUUGGGACCGCUCACGCAAGCAGUAGUCAAGUACCAAAUGGAGCGUAAAAUCCAAAGCGCAAUGAAGAAACUUCAGGAGGAGCAGCUCAAGAAGGUUCAAACUGCAAAUAAGACGAGUGAUCAGGAUGCUGCUUCCGACAAUUGGUUAACAAGAUGGCGGCAAGAGAUGUUGCCAUCGUCGAAGGACAACGUGCCAUCAAGCCCGAUUCAAGAUGAAAAUGAUCAAGAGGUCCAACGAAGGAUAGACAAGCCACUGGCUAAAUCCAUCUCGCAAAAGGAUAAAUUAGGAGAACUCACGAAGUUGUACAAAUCUCAAAACGCGAAUACCACUGGCAACACGGCGUAAAUAUGGCGUUUCGAUGUAAAUAGCAUUCGCGAAGGUGUCGUAUAAUAAUAAUGUAUUUUAGUUUACCUUUUUGUUAUAAUUGUGCGUCAUCGACAUGGCGACAAUAAAAUCCGCGCAUACAGAUUGCUGGACAA